AUGGCAGAUUUUUUAAAAUCAGCUCUUGGCUACUUUAGUGGGGGAACCCCAGGGCGAGAGGACAAUGAUUUCGUGGGUCAAAGUGUCGAGCUUGGUUCCCAAAAACUGCGUGUCAAGAGCGUAAUCGCUGAAGGAGGAUUUGCUUUUGUCUUUGUGGCCCAGGAUGUUGCCACAGGAAAAGAAUAUGCCUUAAAACGGCUGCUUGCAAAUGAUGAGGAAAAAAGCAACAUCAUCAUGGAAGAGAUCCGAUAUCUGAAAAAACUUUCUGGGCAUCCAAAUGUGAUCCAGUUCAUCUCAGCAGCAUCCAUUGGUAAAGAGGAGUCUGACCAUGGCCAGGCAGAAUACUUAAUUUGCACAGAACUCUGCACAGUAAACUAUCCUUUUUUUUCUUUCUCUUUUUACUUGUGUUUCUUUUUGCUCUCGUUUCUUUCAUUUUGCUCUCAUUUCUUAUUUUCCUCCUUUUGUUUCUUUCUUAUUUUUCUCCUUUUGUUUCUUUCUUAUUUUUCUCCUUUUGUUUCUUUCUUAUUUUUCUCCUUUUGUUUCUUUCUUAUUUUUCUCCUUUUGUUUCUUUCUUAUUUUUCUCCUUUUGUUUCUUUCUUAUUUUUCUCCUUUUUGUUUCUUUCUUAUUUUUCUCCUUUUGUUUUUUUUCUUAUUUUUCUCCUUUUUGUUUCUUUCUUAUUUUUUCUCCUUUUGUUUUUUUCUCUUAUUUUUUCUCCUUUUGUUUCUUUCUUAUUUUUCUCCUUUGUUUUCUUUCUUAUUUUUCUCCUUUUGUUUCUUUUUUUUUUUUUCUCUUUUUGUUCUUUUCUUAUUUUUCUCCUUUUGUUUUCUUUCUUUUUUUCUCCUUUUGUUUCUUUCUUAUAUUUUUCUCCUUUUGUUUCUUUCUUAUUUUUUCUUUUGUUUCUUUCUUAUUUUUCUCCUUUUGUUUUCUUUCUUAUUUUUCUCCUUUUUUUUUCUUUCUUAUUUUUCUCCUUUUGUUUCUUUCUUUUUUUCUCCUUUUGUUUCUUUCUUUAUUUUUCUCUUUUUGUUUCUUUCUUAUUUUUUCUCCUUUUGUUUCUUUUCUAUUUUUCUCCUUUUGUUUCUUUCUUAUUUUUCUCCUUUUGUUUCUUUCUUAUUUUUCUCCUUUUGUUUCUUUCUUAUUUUUCUCCUUUUGUUUCUUUCUUAUUUUUCUCCUUUUGUUUCUUUCUUAUUUUUCUCCUUUUGUUUCUUUCUUAUUUUUCUCCUUUUGUUUCUUUCUUAUUUUUCUCCUUUUGUUUCUUUCUUAUUUUUCUCCUUUUUGUUUCUUUCUUUAUUUUUCUCCUUUUUGUUUCUUUCUUAUUUUUUCCUUUUGUUUCUUUCUUAUUUUUUCUCCUUUUUUUUUCUUUUUAUUUUUUUCUCCUUUUUGUUUCUUUCUUAUUUUUCUCCUUUUUUUUUUCUUUCUUUAUUUUCUCCUUUUUGUUUCUUUUUAUUUUUCUCCUUUUGUUUCUUUCUUAUUUUUCUCCUUUUUUUUUUUUUCUUAUUUUUCUCCUUUUGUUUCUUUCUUAUUUUUCUUUUUUGUUUCUUUCUUAUUUUUCUCCUUUUUUGUUUUUCUUUUUUUCUCCUUUUGUUUCUUUCUUAUUUUUCUCCUUUUGUUUCUUUCUUAUUUUUCUCCUUUUUGUUUCUUUCUUAUUUUUCUCCUUUUGUUUUCUUUUUUUUUUUCUCCUUUUUUUGUUUUUUUUUUUUUUUUUUUUGUUUGUUUCCUUUUUUUUCCAUUUUUUUGUUUGUUUCCUUUUUUUCAUUUUUUUGUUUGUUUCCUUUUUUUUUUUUUUUUUUUUUUUUUUUUUUUCAUUUUUUUGUUUGUUUCCUUUUUUUUCAUUUUUUGUUUGUUUCCUUUUUUUCAUUUUUUUGUUUGUUUCCUUUUUUUCAUUUUUUUGUUUGUUUCCUUUUUUUCAUUUUUUUGUUUGUUUCCUUUUUUUUCAUUUUUUUGUUUGUUUCCUUUUUUUUUUUUUUUUUUUUCUUUUUUUUUUUUUUUUUUUUCUUUUUUUUUUUUUCAUUUUUUUUUUUUUUUUCCUUUUUUUUUUUCAUUUUUUUGUUUGUUUUCUUUUUUUCAUUUUUUUGUUUGUUUCCUUUUUUUUCAUUUUUUUUUUUGUUUCUUUCCUUUUCUUUUUUCAUUUUUUUUUUGUUUCUUUCCUUUUCUUUUUUUCAUUUUUUUUUUUGUUUCUUUCCUUUUCUUUUUUCAUUUUUUUUUUGUUUCUUUCCUUUUCCAGAUGUCUGAAUCACUUCAACAAGUUUUCUUUGUAA